AUGAGCUCCUUCCUCGGCCGGAUGAAGGAAUACCCCUCCAUAUCUAUAGACAGGUUUGACAGGGACAACGUCUCCGCGAAGGCUUACUUCCUGUCCCAUUGUCACAAGGAUCACAUGAAAGGACUUCGUGCUCCUCUCCUGAAAAGAAGACUGGCAUGCAGCCUGAAAGUUUACCUCUAUUGUUCUCCGGUCACCAAAGAGCUGCUGUUGACAAGUCCUAAGUAUGCAUUCUGGGAAAACCGAAUAAGACCUAUUGAAGUGGACACUCCAACUCAGAUCUCUUUGGUUGAUGAAGCUACUGGUGAGAAAGAAGACGUUUUGAUCACACUUUUACCAGCUGGUCACUGUCCAGGAUCAGUAAUGUUUUUGUUCCAAGGACAAAAUGGCACCGUGUUGUAUACUGGAGAUUUCAGACUUGCGAAAGGAGAAGUGGCACGCAUGGAGCUUUUACAUUCAGGAAACAGGGUAAAAGAGAUUGAUAGCAUUUAUUUGGAUACAACAUUCUGCGAUCCUAAAUAUUUCCAGAUUCCUAGCAGAGAGGAAUGUUUAUAUGGAAUUUUGGAGUUGGUACGCAGCUGGAUAACACUGAGUCCUCAUCAUGUUGUUUGGCUUAACUGCAAAGCAGCUUAUGGAUAUGAGUAUUUAUUCACAAACCUGAGUGAGGAAUUUGGAGCAAAGGUACAUGUGAACAAAUUGGACAUGUUUAAGAAUAUGCCUGAAAUUCUUUGCCACGUGACAACCAAUUCCAGGACACAGAUUCAUGCCUGUCGGCAUCCUUCGAAUGAAGAAUUCCUGCGAGGUAACAGAUUGCCUUGUGGAAUGUUUUCAGAUGAUGGAGUCCCUUUACGCAUUAUUAGCAUUAAACCAUCAACUAUGUGGUUUGGUGAGAGGACAAGAAAAACCAGCGUAAUUGCAAGAACCGGAGACAGUUCAUACCGGGCAUGCUUUUCUUUCCACUCUUCAUACAGUGAGAUUAAAGAUUUUCUCAGUUAUAUUCAGCCAAUGAAUGCUUAUCCAAAUGUGAUUCCUGUUGGAAAAGCAGUUGCAGAUGUGGAAGAAAUCUUGAAGCCACUUUGUAGAUCCUUUUCAGAAAGCUCUGUAAUUCGGUAUAAGCCACUGGGCAGUCUGAAGCGAACAAGGAAUGUGAACUUGUUGGAAAAAGACGAAGAUGGCAUUGAGGAUUUGUUCGAUGAUUACCCAUUAACUCAUUUGAAGCAAAAAAUUUUCAGGGAUAACUGCUGCUGGAAAUCAGAGGAAAACCUACUUUCUGCUAAAUGUGAACACAGCAAGCCUAGAGAGAAUCCCUCUGCCUCCCCAGUUCCUGUUACCACAACAGUAAAUUUUGUGGAGUGUGAGGAGUCCAAUGGAGAGGAGGAUGAUGAUGAAGAAGCGGAUGCCCCACUACCAGUUCCAGAGCAUAAGCCCAGUGAGAGUGGCGCGCGUUCUGUAGUGUGCACAGAUUUGGCUGAAAAUAAACUGGAUAAUUGUAUGCAUGUCAAAUCUGCAGCAGAUGUAGUGCCAAAGUGGAGCACUUUCUUCAAAUCUGCUGUAGAAGGGGAUGAUGUUUUGGAUAAUGAAAACCAUGUAGAAAGGUCAGGGGAUGACAAGAAUUCACAGUCCCCAAAACUGAUCAGUGAUUCAGAUGAUGAUUCCACUCAUAUAUCUUCCAUGAAUUCCUCCCAGUCUACACAUAUCUCUGAACAAGGUAGUCAGGGAUGGGACGGUCAGGCCGACACAGUGCUGGUGUCAUCACAAGAAAGGAGGGCUGCUGAAAUGGCAUCUGUACAUAGGUCUUCCUUUAGUAUUUUAGAAGGUGAUUUACAUGAAGAAAUCUUGCCAGAAGGGCAAAGCACAGUUAAAUGUAACCUUAUUAUUGAUGCUAAACAAUUGCCUUUUGGAGUAAGUAAACACCAAGGUGAAGUACUGGACCUGACAAAGGCUGAGUGUGCUAGAAAAGCAGACUCUCAGAGCUCUUCAGACUUUGAGAUCCCUUCAUCGCCUGGAGCUGAGCUGCCACAUCCAUCUAAACUACAGUACCUCUAUCAACAACUUGCCACUGGGGACGCUAUCACAGCACUUCAACAAGACUGA